AAGUAUUGUUGAGGGGGAAAAAAAAUCCAGCUCCGACUCCAGGAUAAGUCCUUUCUAGAUCUCCACUUCCACAUUAUUCCUUUGCCACUCUUCUCUACCAUAACCUCUAUUCACUUUCUACCGAAAAAUGUUCAAAUUUCUCCACUUUCUUCUUUUCUUGUUUCUCUUCAUGUCCAGAAAUUUCCUGAUUUUUGCUCUCACUUCACCACAGGACAUCUCUGCUCUCAAGGCCUUUAAAGCUUCCAUCAAGCCACGUUCCAUCCCAUCAUGGUCCUGCCUUGCCUCCUGGGACUUCACCACCGAUCCAUGUGCCUCCCCUCGCCGGACCCACUUCACCUGCGGCAUCACCUGCUCCUCUGACCCAACCCGAGUCACCCAACUCACUCUAGACCCUGUUGGCUACUCAGGUCAGCUUACCCCACUUGUUUCUCAACUCAGUAACCUCACUGUUCUUGACCUCUCUGAUAACAACUUUUUUGGUCCUAUCCCAUCCUUCAUUUCCUUUCUUUUUAACCUCCAGACGUUGACUCUCCAUUCCAACUCGUUCUCUGGCUCACUCCCUAACUUCAUCACCAACCUUAAAUCCCUUGAAGUUUUGGACCUUUCGCGUAAUUCCUUAUCUGGGUAUCUCCCAAAAGGCAUGAAUUCAAUGUCUAGUUUAAGGAGACUCGAUCUUAGUUACAAUAAGCUAACUGGGUCUCUACCAAAACUACCUCCCAACUUGCUAGAACUAGCUUUAAAGAGCAAUUCUUUAUCUGGGUCAUUAUCAAAAUGGUCCUUUGACGGGUUAACUCAGUUGGCAGUGGUGGAACUUAGCGAGAACUCAUUAACCGGGGCAAUAGAACCCUGGUUCUUUGCCUUGCCAGCGCUUCAACAGGUAGAUUUAGCCAAUAACAGCCUGACACGCAUCGAGAUCUCCAAACCUGCAAAUGGCUACAGCGACCUGGUGGCGAUUGAUCUCGGGUUCAACAAAAUCGAGGGACACGCCCCCGUGAAUUUCUCAGCUUAUCCGCAGCUGUCGUCUUUGUCACUGAGAUACAAUCGGCUACGUGGCAAGAUUCCAUUGGAGUACAGUAAGAAGAAGAGUUUGAGAAGGCUGUUCUUGGACGGGAAUUUCUUGAUUGGAAAGCCGCCGUUGGGGUUUUUCGCCGGUGAGGUGCAUAUCACCGGUAGCUUGGGGAAUAAUUGUUUACAAGGAUGUCCAGGUUCGUCUCCGCUGUGUACGCCUUCACAAAAGCCUAGUUCUAUAUGCAAGCAAGCUUAUGGUGGAAGACGAAGGGCUUAGUGUGUCGUCUGUUCAUAAUAUUUUUGAAAAAAAUAAUAAUAUGUAUUUUAAAAAAUACUAAAUUCUUAUGGCAAAUGAUAUCGGUAACAGACAGCACUCUAAUCACUUACAAAAUUACACUAUCUUCGUCUAUUUUUA